UUUGAUUCAUAAAGAUCACCUAGGGGCUGUUCACAACGAACUCGUUAUUGGAACUGUCUCAAAACCCCUAUUGAGCUGUCUUCUUGACAGCAUUUGUGGGCAACUGAUCACCUACUGUUCCCCAAAAUACGGUCUAGUUAGGCAUACAGUGGGUGAGAUAAUUGAGUUGUGAAUAUAUAACUUUCUUACUCUGGCCUCAUGCUGAUAAUGUUCAGAUGACUCAUGUACAGUAGAGGUUGGAAAGUGACAUCCUGUGAGGUGUGGAAACACUGGAAUUUCCUGUAACAGAUUCGUCAUACAAAUGAGGAACAUGACAAGCAAUUUUUCUUACAAAAGACAAUAUUAUCUGCAGGAUUGCACUGCCAAAUUCCCAUAGUAGCUAAAGAAGCUUGCGGAGUAGUCCCCAUAUUGAACAGGCAUUGUCUCAGUCUUAACAUACAAUAUAUCUUGAGAUAAAUAUGUUAUUGAAUUGAAUUAGUGUUCAAAUCUAUUCAAAUGUGAUGUAUGGAGCUUGCAGCAUCACAUUUUAAGGACACAUGUGAAUGGAAGUGCCUGUAAUCAUCUACCAGCACAUCUAUUAACCAAAUAAAAAAAAAAUUAAACCAUAAAACAGAAAUUAAUGGAGAUACUCCCCUGCAGAAAAUCCCCUUGCAGGAAUGCCAUUGUGUAGGGGUCUUUACCUGGAUCUCAUAGGACAAGGGCAGGAAACUGUGAUGUUAUAUACUAUUGACUAUAUAAGCAAAUAAGAGCUUAGCAGUCAUUAACAGUGCAUGAAUGGACUAAUACGUUGAUGACAUUAUAGGUGUAGUUCACCCAAAAAUGAAAAUUCUCUCGUAAUUUUCUCGCCCUCAUGCCAUUCCAGAUGUGUAUGAGUUUCUUUCAUCUGCUGAACACAAACAAAGAUUUUUAGAUGAAUACCUCAUCUCUGUUGGUCCAUACAAUGCAAGUGAAUGGUGACAAGAACUUUGAGCUCCAAAAGCACAUAAAGGCAGCAUAAAAGUAAUCCAUAUUCAAGUGGUUAAAUCCAUAGGUAUCGAUUCUAUGGAUAUGUUGAUGCAGAUGCCAUAUUGGAUAGGUCAAGAGCCGUCGGUCAACAUAUGAAUGUAAAUGGACAGAUACGGUGUGCAAAAGUCAGUUGUUUUUUCCAGCCAACAUUCAGAUUAUACGCUUUUCCAUAAACAUUGGGAAAUGUAUUAGAUGAUAGAAAAAUUCCUGACUUCACUUCAUAAACAUGUUAUUUUCUAUGUCUCUGCACAUGCAUCAAGCACUAGGAAGUAUAAUCGAGCUUGAAAUCAUGAUCGUGCCUGGAGACUGCAAUACCAAGAUGUACAUUGAAAAAGGAGAUAUAUUUUGGUCUGUUCUUACCCAAAACAAACUGAGUUGCUUCAGAAGACUGUGAUUAAUACACUAGAGACUUAUGGAUUACUUUUAUGCUGACUUUAUCUGCUUUUUGGAGCUUCAAAGAUCUAGUCAUCAUUCACUUGUAGAGAUAUUCUUCUAAAAAUCUUCAUUUGUUUUCAGCAGAAGAAAUAAAUUAAUACACAUCUUAGAUGGCAUAAGGGUGAGUAAAUGAGAGAACUUGCAUUCUUUUUGGGUGAACUAUCCCUUUAAAUUUCAAAAGAAAGUUCAGAAUAAUUUUUCCAGAGGCACUAUACAUGAAAAAUCUAUACUAUGGUCCUACGUAAUUAUAUAAACAAAUAUUCUGGGGGCAAAAGUCAAACUUUAAGAAUCUUAAGAAACCCAUAUUGAUCCAUCUCCAGUCUGAAUAUUGAAGAGGUCACGACUUCUUUUUUGGUUGUAGGAUCCCACUAAAUGUCAUUUAGGGAUUUUUUUUCAGGUUAUAGAUGGGGUGCUUCAUUUUCACAGCUAAUAGCAUUGUAAGAGGAUUACAUUUGUAUUAAUAAAGGGAGAAUGCUCUUUUAUUUGGUCACUAAUUGCCAAUUGCUAUAGAUUUAACAAGCCUAAUGUGUUACAUCACAUCAGCAACGGUUUACUCGUAAAGAACCAUUGUCAUAUACAUGCAGGUCACUAUGCUUGACAUGCAAAUAUGAACUCUACGAUUACAUAACAGGUCAAAUGUGAUGUUAAAUGAGCUUGGACAGAGAGCUCAGCAUUGUGUAAUACAAGUCCAGUGAGUGUCUAAUGAGCCAUUAUCCUCUCCUCUCUUGUUUAUAACUGUUACUAAAUUAUCUUUAAAUAAAUGUUUUAUUGAAGCGGUUUGAAAUAUUAGUUACAAAUGAGCAUAUUGAAUUCCAGUGUAAUGAAGCACACUUUAGGGCUCAACUGUUCUCUUCACCCACGUGCAUGUAUGUGUGCACAUGUAUGCGCAUACCCUUUUCAAAUGAGUCAUUGUUCAGAAACACUGAUUCAUUCAGGAACCCCUUUAUGUACGAACACGCACACAGACACACACUGUCACAUCCGCAGCCCCCCAGAAUCUUCGCACAUGUCAUCUGAAUGGGUGGAUGCUAGCGUUCUCUGUAAACCUAUGCUGUGCACUAACCCUCUGACUGAACAUUGGAUCACCACUGGAUUAGUCCUGGACUCCUUUAAAGUCAUAGAGAAAAGGAUUGUGUCUUACGCAUUCCACCUGCAUCGGACAAACAAAGAAAAGGAAAAGGAUAUAUUAAGAGUUUGUCAAAUGGGCAGUGGCAGCAGUAGACUCUUCAGUACUCUGACGCAUUCUCUGAGCAGCUCUGCGCUGGCAGACCCAGUUGUUAAUCCUGAAGAUUAUGAAUAUGAGCAGGCCGACUCGGAGGCACUCUUGUUUCAAUGCAAGGAGGUUUUGAGAAAUCGCCCGCCUCGAUUGCACCGAGACUUUUUCAGGACCAGAACCAGCUCGUUACAGAACUCACCCAUCCGCAUCAUGCAGUGGAACAUCUUAGCACAAGCUCUGGGUGAGGGUAAGGACUGUUUUGUGCGUUGUCCAAUGGAAGCAUUAAACUGGUCGGAAAGGAAAUAUCUCAUAUUGGAAGAGAUCCUUACCUACAGGCCAGAUGUGCUGUGCCUGCAGGAGGUGGAUCACUACUUUGACACCUUCCAGCCAGUGUUGGCCAGCCUGGGAUACCAGAGCAGCUUCUGCCCUAAGCCUUGCUCCCCCUGCCUGGAUGUUCACAACAACAAUGGCCCCGAUGGCUGCGCUCUGUUCUUCCGCCACCGUCGCUUCCAGCUGCUUCACACCACCCACCUCAGACUCUCCGCCAUGAUGCUCAAGACCAACCAGGUGGCCGUUGUGGUGACUCUUCGCUGCAGGCGUACAGGCCAAGUCUUCUGCGUGGCAGUGACACACCUGAAGGCCCGGAGUGGCUGGGAGGCAUUUCGUAGCGCACAGGGAUCUCAUCUCCUCCAGCAACUCCGCAACAUCACCUCUCAGUCUUACCCAGAGAUGGGACAGGAGGAGGAGAGUCAGACUGGGGUUGGGGAAACUGAAGAGGGUAUUCCAUUGGUGGUAUGUGGGGACUUUAACGCAGAGCCAAGCGAGGAAGUCUAUAGGCGCUUUAUGACGUCUCCUCUGGGUCUGGACAGUGCUUACAAGUGUCUGAGUGAGGAUGGGACCACAGAGCCGCCUUACACCAGUUGGAAGAUCCGCCCCAGUGGAGAGAGCUGCGCCACAUUGGACUACAUUUGGUACUCAGAAAGAGCGUUCCGUGUGGACACUGUGCUUGGGAUACCCAGUGAAGAGCAGAUUGGGCCGGACCGGCUUCCUUCUUACCAUUACCCCUCUGACCAUCUUUCCCUGGUGUGUGACCUCAGCUUUAAUCAGCAGCCUCAUAGGCUCAUGUAGCUGUCAAUCAUGAGUGCUCAACAAUAGGGUUCCAGAGCGGCUUUGGUCAUUCCUAAAACGGUUGUGUAGGAUAUGUCUGAAUGUGAGAAUGCAUUACAUUUGUAUUAUUGCUUGGAAUGUAACUUCACAUAAACCUUAUUUUUACCUACUCAUUCAGGUCUUAAUGCACCUCUGAUAGACUGAUGAUUAUUAUUUUCCUUGAUGGAGAUUAUUUAUGUGCUUAUUGUUUGUUAUACAGUGGAUGUGCAAUAUUCUGUAAUUUAUUAAGUGCUUAAAAUGACAACUCAGGAAGACGCACAUUCUUGAUUAAAUGGAUCCAGAAGUGGAAAGAUGUUUAUAUUUAUAUUGACUGUACUUUUUUUUUUCUUCAAAAAUGUAAUCAUCAGAAUGUUUGCCAAUGACC